AUGGCACUAGAACAGCAACAGAAGAAGGAACAGCAACAGAACAAGCAGCGAAGGGGGGACGCAGCAACAACAGAUGCAACAAUAGAAGCAGUAACAAAAGAAUACGUAUCAGCAAGAAAAGCAGGAGACGCAGGAACAGCAAAAGGAGGAGCUUCAAAUGGAGCAGCAGUAACAGAAGAAGCAGUGACAGAAGAAGCAAAAACAGAAGAAGCAGCAACAACAGAAGAAGCAGUAACAGAAGAAGCAGAAACAGAAGAAGCAGCAACAACAGAAGCAGCAGUAACAAAAGAAGCAGAAACAGAAGAAGCAGCAACAAAAGAAGUAGCAGCAACAGAAGAAGCUGAAAAACAGAAGCAGAAGCACCAGAAGAAGCAGCAACAGAAGCAUCAAAGAAGCAGCAACAGAAGCAGCAACAGAAGCAUCAGUAACACACAUAAGCAGCAACAACAGAAGCAGCAACAACAGCAGGACCUACAACAGAAGCAUCAACAGAAGCAGCAGCAACAGAAGAAGCAGCAACAAGAGAAGCAGCAGCAAUAG